UUCUCCGCGUGGCCUGCGGGAUGGAGCCGGCUCCGAGCCCCGGGGGCGCGCGCGAAGCGCUGGGCCGACGGGUGGAGGCGGUGCUGGCGAGCCGCGGCGAGGCCAACGCCGUGUUUGAUAUCCUGGCUGUGCUGCAGUCCGAGCACCCGGCGGAGGUCCAGGACGCGGUGCGCGCGUGCAGCCGCCUCUUCGGGGCCCUGCUGCAGCGCGGGGAGCUGUUCGUGGGCCCGCUGCCCCCCGAGGAGAUGGUCUUGGCAGGCUCCCAGGGGGCCACCCGGAAGUACAAGGUGUGGAUGAGACACCGCUAUCAGAGCUGUUGCACCCGCCUGGGCGAGCUGUUGGCCCACCCCGCCUUCGAGGUCAAGGAAUCGGCCCUCGCUUCGCUCAUGAAGUUUGUGAGGCUGGAAGGUGCCCACCCGCUGGAGAAGCCCAAGUGGGAAGGCAACUACCUGUUCCCACGGGAACUGCUGAAGUUGGUGGUGCAGGGUCUGCUGUCCCCCGAGGAGGACCGCACACUGCUGCUGUCGCAUUUCCGCUCCUACCUGGAACACGACGACAUCCGCUACCAUACCAUGCAGGCAGCCACAGAGGCAGUGGCCAGGGCCACCGAUGGUCACCCUGAGGUGCCGCUCGCCUUCUGGAACAACGUCUUCUCACUGCUGUCUGCUGUGAGCCUGCCACGCCAGGAGGGCACUAACGUCAGCUUCUACGUGCCACACGCUGAGAUAUCAGACAAGUGGAAGGUCGCUCACUUGAAGGAGCACCGGAAAGUCUUUCAGCAUAUGUGGCUCAGCUUCCUCAAGCACAAGCUGCCCCUGAGCCUCUGCAAGAAGGUGCUGGUGAUCAUGCAUGACGCCAUCCUGCCCAGCCUGGCCCAGCCCAGCCUCAUGAUCGACUUUCUCAGCCGCGCCUAUGAUGCCGGAGGUGCCAUCAGCCUCUUGGCCUUAAACGGCCUUUUCAUCCUGAUCCACAAGCACAACCUGGAGUACCCUGACUUCUACCGGAAGCUCUAUGGCCUCCUGGACCCGUCCAUCUUCCAUGUCAAGUACCGUGCCCGCUUCUUCCACCUGGCGGACCUCUUCCUGUCUUCUUCACACCUGCCUGCCUACCUGGUGGCGGCCUUCGCCAAGCGGCUAGCCCGCCUGUCCCUGACGGCGCCCCCGGAAGCCCUGCUCAUGGUGCUGCCCUUCAUCUGCAACCUGCUGCGUCGGCACCCGGCCUGCCGUGUCCUGGUGCACCGCCCUCGAGGCCCUGAGCUGGACGCUGACCCCUACGACCCCCAAGAGGAGGACCCAGCCAGGAGCCGAGCCCUGGAGAGCUCCCUGUGGGAGCUGCAGACGCUGCAGCAGCACUAUCACCCCGAGGUGGCCACAGCCGCCAGCGUCAUCAACCACGCCCUAUCUGUGCCCGAGGUUAGCAUCGCGCCGCUUCUGGAGCUCAGUGCCUUUGAGAUCUUCGAGCGGGAUCUGAAGAAGACACCCGAAUCGGUGCCGUUGGAGUUUCUCCCACCCCAGGGUCUGCUGGGCCGCCAUGACCAGCUCUGUGCCCAGGUCUUCACGCUGGGCUGAUGCUGCACCCCAGCCCCCAGACACCAAACUGAGCUCCGACCUCCACCAGGGCCUCCUGGUGGGCUGGGGCACAGCACGAGGAGCCUUCCUGGGUGGUCAUGGGCUGCAGGGGACAGACCACCUGGUCACACGACUGAAUGGUCCCCUCCAAGAUACUUAGCCCACACCCUCAAGUCCACUUCAGCAUGGCUGGGUGGCCAGCUCUGAGGAACCCGGGUUCGGGGCAGUGAUGUCCAUCAUGGGCCCUACCAUGAGCAUUUUGGGAUUUGGUUUUUUGUCUUUUGGGGUCACCCAGCAAUGCCCUGGGGUUAGUCCUGGCUCUUCACUCAGAAAUUACUCCUGGUGGAGCUCAGAAGACCAUAUGGGAUGCUGGGGAUCGAACCUGAGUAGGGCACGUGCCAGGCAAACACCCUCUCUGCUGUGCUAUCCCUCCAGCCCCCGGCAUGAGUGUUUUUGUAAGACAACUGGCACCUGUUCUGUAGCUCUGUCCCAAGUAGUGAGGAGGGAGGAAGCCCAGAGCUCAUGCUCCAACUGCAAAGAGCCAUUUCAAGUGACUUGCAGUGUCUGCUCAUAGUUAAUCAGGGCCAGCCAUGGAUCUUUAUUAAAUUCUAUUUGCAUAUA